CCUUCCCUGGCCACACCCCCAACCUGUCACGGAGCCCGCCCCCAGGAGCUCUCCAGCAGCUGUGCAGCCCGCACCCACAACCACUGACAGCGCUGCUACAGGAGUGAGUGCUGCUGCUACCGCCGCCGCUAGUCUUUCCUCUUGUUCCUCGUGUCCAGGAAUGAGAAGCGAUGUCCGGCUUAUCCAGCGAGGAGAAAAACUGCCGCAGGUUCCUGGAGCUUUUCUUAGGGGAGUUUAGAGGAACCUUCGGGGAGGAGGACCCUAUCCCACUCCGGCCACUGACUGACCACAUCACCCCUGAAGAGGUGGAAGGAGAAUCUCUGGACCUGUGCCUGCAGCAUCUGUGCAAAUAUAAUUGCCCGUCUUUCCUGGCUGCUGCAUUGGCAAGGGCAACAGCAGAUGAAAUCCUGCAAAGCGACCUGUCCGUGUACUACUCGCCAAAGCAUGUGGAUGGCACAGAGGGGAUCAUACAACUUGAGGCCAUAAAACUUGCCCGCGGAGUGUUUAGCAAACUGCAUGAAAUCUGCUGCAGCUGGGUAAAAGACUUCCCCCUGCAACGCAAACCACACAUGUAUUAUGACAUCUCUAUCCACGCAAUCAAGAACAUGCGGAGAAAGAUGGAGGACAAGCAUGUCUGUAUCCCAGACUUUAAUAUCCUAUUUAAUCUGGAGGAUCAAGAAGAGCAAGCUUACUUUGCUGUGUUUGAUGGUCAUGGAGGAGUAGAUGCUGCUAUUUAUGCCUCUAUCCAUCUACAUGUGAACUUAGUACGACAAGAAAUAUUCCCACAGGAUCCAGCUGAAGCACUCUGCAGAGCAUUUCGUAUUACAGAUGAGAGCUUUGUGCAGAAAGCAGCUAGGGAGAAUCUUCGAUGUGGAACAACAGGCGUGGUGACCUUUAUCCGAGGGAACAUGCUACAUAUUGCCUGGCUAGGAGACUCACAGGUGAUGUUAGUACGAAGAGGUCAAGCUGUGGAGCUAAUGAAGCCACAUAAACCAGACAGAGAGGAUGAAAAGCAUCGAAUCGAGGCCCUGGGAGGCUGUGUUGUCUGGUUUGGGGCAUGGAGGGUUAACGGAAGCCUUUCUGUCUCCAGAGCCAUUGGGGAUGCAGAGCACAAGCCAUAUAUUUGUGGAGAUGCUGAUUCUGUCUCCACUGUCCUUGAUGGCUCUGAAGAUUACCUCAUUCUGGCAUGUGAUGGAUUCUAUGAUACAGUCAACCCUGAUGAAGCUGUAAAAGUGGUGUCUGACCAUCUGAAAGAGAACAACGGAGAUAGUAGCAUGGUUGCCCAUAAGUUGGUGGCAUCUGCUCGUGAUGCUGGCUCAAGUGAUAACAUCACCGUGAUUGUGGUAUUUCUCAGGGACCUGAACACGACAACUGCAACUGAGCAAGAAAAUAACCAAACUGAGAACUCUUUUGACGGUGGUCAAGAAGACAAUGGAGAUGAUAAAGAGAACCAAGGAGAUUGUAAAGGAUCGUGGCCUCUUCACCAGUGCUCAGCGCCGGCUGAUCUUGGAGGCUAUGAUGGGCGCGAUUCCUUCACAGACAGAACUAGCUUGAGUCUUGGCCCUGAAGUAAAAGUUCUAGAAGAGCAAGACUAUCUAAACCCAUUGCAGGGGGGUGAUGGCAAACCGCGUAGUGCCAAAUGUUUACCAUGCUCCCAAGUGACCAGUGCUAGCUCACCAAAGAGAGCCAGUGGAAGGAAAGAGCUUUUAGAAGGGUCUUCAUUUUAUUUAGAAAAAGGCUUUCGUGAAGGCGUUUCCAGCAGUCAAGGAUUGGGAUGUAUUGAUAUUUUAAUGCCCAGAAAGGAGGGUUCACUUUGUCCUUCUUGGGAUUUAAAAGAUAAAUGUUUGGAAGCCAUGAUGAAGGCCCCCUUUCAUUUAGCUCCCUUACAUUUCAGAAAGAGGAGAGGAGGGACUAAGGCAAAACCAAAGUUUUCACAGCUUCGCUCUUCCCAAAAGCCUUGUUACAAAGUUCAAAAUGUGCCCAUGCAAAGUGUUGUUAAAAAUAGGGUAUCAAUGCAUAGCUCUGUAAGAUGUAGGAAAGGUAGUCAUCAAGAUACUCUGGUGAAUAGAGCAUUGUUAAGAGAGAGCAACUGUAUAGCACUGGCAGAUCUACAUAGAAGCUAUAAAAUGUAAAAAUCUACAAACCUUGUGAGUUAUAUAAUUGUAGUGUUCCAGUGAAUUAGGUUAGAUAGACCUAGAUUUAAAUGGCAUUCUUUUCAUAACUUAGUGUAUUGAUCUCACCCCAUGCAGUGUACAGUGUGGCGUCCUGUCUUAAGGAAAACAAACAGUUUCUCAAGAAAGAGAACUCAGCGUUAAAUUCAGACAAUGGGAACCACUUGUCAUUAACCCUAUACAUGUCAUUAAUCUUACCCAUAGUACUUCCCACUUGAGGCCAAUGACUACAUCGGGCAGCAUUUAGCAGUCAGGGGAGAAUCAGAGAAUGAAGACAGAUGAAGUGUGUUGGCCGCUCACAAAUGGGGAUUGUUAUAAUAAUGCAGGCUUAUUUAACACAACAGCAAUAUAGGGAAAUUUAUAUUAAGUUCUGUUUGUCUUGGUAACACUUAACAGCACUGCUGGUAUGAAUGGCACAGGGUAACCAAAGCCUUUCAUGGAAAGGUUAUAAUAUAUAUCCAUUAUGUCCUAAAAUUUCCAAGCCUUGUUUCCAGAUAACAGUGAUUUCUUAAAGGGUUUCUUAAAUAAAUAUUGAUGAAUAUAAUUAUCCCCAGUAUAUGCAUGACAAUAACAAAAAAAACACUAAAUUAACUUUGAUUAACUCUAGGAAACGUGUUGUUUCCAUUUAUUUCCCAUUAAAUAGACAAUAAAAUAUGAUGUCAUAAAGACAGAACAUUCCUUCUCUUUGUAUUGUCUUACGUUAACAAAGGGACUUUGGCAGCACACGUAACUACCUUGAGAUACUGACAGGUCUGGACUGGGAUUCAAUAUAGGCCCUGGCAUUUCAAGUAAACAGAGACCCAGUAAGUCCCCCAGAGACCCUGUCUUAGAGCAGCCCCUCUGGCAUUUGCCAGAAUCCACUGAUUGCCAGUCUGGGCCUGGAUACCGUGGAUGUGUUACUGAUCUCUCAAAAUAAAGCCAAUGCUCCAGAAGUGAAAUUUACAUUCCCUACUACUAUGUAUUGUCAAUAAUUAGUCAUCUUUGCAAGUGCAUAUUAUAAACAGAGGGGUUUUAGGAACAUGUUUAUGGCAUUUGAAUUAUGUGCCGCCAUCAUCACUUCAAUCCCCCCCAUAUUGGUGUUCUGUUUAUCUCUAGACAUAUUGCUGGCACCAUAAUGCUGGGUUAUUUUUUCUUGAGAAAUGUGGUCAGUUUUUAGCCACCCGGGCUUUUAUAUAUGAAAGGAAGUCUCCAGAACCAACACAUAUUAUCAGAGGGAUAAAACCCUUAUGGCCCUCCUUACUGCAGAACAAUUCUGCUAAAUCUCAUAAAUACAAAGGAGGCAUGGGAGCACAGGCUAUUAUUUAUUAUAAGCAAAGUGCACAUUCCCUUAGCCCAUAUAACUUUAUGGAGGGUUAUGGAUAUUGGGAGCUCUCUUCAUAUUGAUUGCAAGGAAUUUUGCAAGCAAUGUAGCAGCCCCCUCUUAUAUUUUAUUAGCAAAGAUACUGGGAAUGAAUGUUCAAUACAGAAAAAAAAUUGGUUAUUUCUUCUUACAUCAAUGUUUAUUUAAAGGGAACUAUAUGGAAAAUAACUGUUACUUAUUAUUGUGUAAUGUUCCAGUGGGUAAAGAAAUCCUGGCAUUCUGUGGUUGUUGUCUUGCCUCCCUAAGCCCAACCUUCUACACCUGCUUAGAGCAGUUAAUAGAACAUAUGAUGUUAUAUGUAUGCCCAAAAGAAACUUGGCUGCCUUUUACGCAUGAUCUGGUUCUGGACCCAAAGGUGAUGUUUCAGAACAAUCAAUUUUUAAGUGGCCUAAUGUUUCCUGUGUUUUAGUAUCUAGCAUUUCACUGCAGUCACAACUGCAUUUUCACAUCUGUACUUUAAAGAGAAAACCUAUAUAUAUUAAUAUCCUAUUUUUAUAGUGGAAGAUGUCACACUUUAUAAUGGCAAUAAGGCACUGCUAGAGUAUAAUGAGAGUAUAGUUCCCCCAAAGUGAUUACUGCUGAUAACCGAACCUCUUCAGUGCAAGGAAACUCAGGUAUGAGGGUAUUGGGUCAAGAACUGAACCACAAAAAACCACGGGAUCAUUUCCAACAUUCAUUCAUGGGCGAAGUUUUCUUAUUGUGUGAAAGUGAAUGAAACCUCACAAUGCCAAUCUGAGUUUCACUGUCAGUUGUAUAAUCUCCAGCCUCAAAUACAUAGAAUGGAAAGAAACCACAUGAGAAUGCAUCACCACUGCUCUCCCACUGCCAACCCCUUUUAUUAUCUAAAUAGAACCAAACACCAUUCAGUUUUGUAUUAUGGGAUGAAUUAUGCCAUAAAUGAUUCCUCUGUCAUUACAUGAAAUCUAUUCCUCAAACAGCACAGCAUGCCCAUUUCCAUAUGGAGUCAGUGUACAGACGGGAUCUGCCUUAAUUUCAUGCUCCAUUUUCUCUCUACGGAAAAACUGUUUCAACAUUCUUAUUAAGGUAUCUGACAUUGAGCUUGUUUUCUGCACCUAAUAUACAGCUAUAGGGGCUAUACAUUUACAAACUCACUCCUGUUCCAGUGAUGUCAGACUUACUUACAUUUACCACUGAUUUAUUGUCUUGUGGUCCAAUUGUCAUUUUACAGGGGCUACAUUUGUUGGCUGGCCCUAGCUAACACUCGCAUAUGCCCAACCUGUAACCGAUACUGCCACCACCAGUAGCAUUCAGAAAUUUCUAAGUUGGACAUCCCUGUAUUCAUUUAUUAAACAGUAAACACAUGGGCCAUCAAAAAAAUCAUAUUACUACAGACAAAAAAUAGCUUUUAUUAAAUCUAGUGAUAUAAAAUGAAUAUGAAAUAUAAGAAGAGGAACAUUGGCAUCACAUGGCCCAUUGUAUCUUACUCUUUCCGGACAUCCUGCAAGGAAAAGUAAUAAACUUGUGUACUGUAAUAUACAGGUAUGGGAUCUGUAAUCCGGAAACCUGUUAUCCAGGUAGCUCUGAAUUACAGGAAGGCCAUCUCCCAUUGGGUCCAUUUUAAUCAAAUGAUUAUGGGUUUUUUUUCUCUGUUAUAAUAAAACCGUACCUGAUCCAAUCAAAUAUAUAACUAAUCCCUACUGAAGGCAAAACAUUCCUAUUUGGUUCAUUUAAUGUUUAAAUGGUUUAAUAGUAGACUUAAGUAAGGAGAUCCAAAUCCCAAGCAUUUUGGAUAACAGAUUCUCUACCUGUGUUGUGUGCUACACUGUAUAGACAGAAAAAAUGGAGUCUGCAGGGUUGUCACUGAACACAAUUAAAGCAGGUUUGGCAGUCCCUCCAUACUACAUUUACAUUUCUCCAUUAAAUAAGAACGUAAUAACAUCCAUACAUCUGUCUUAUAACUUCUGCAAUUACUGAGAAUGGAUUGGAAUUGAAAUAAUGCAGUCUUUCUUGCUCCAGUAAUAUUGGUGCAUAAAACAAGUAGCCAUUAUAUUAUAGAGCCUUUGAUUGGUUGGGCAGUUUUGACAGAUUGAUAACUGAAAGGCAAAUAUGGGUUGCAAUCUAUUACUGCUCGUUGGUAGGAACAGUAGGGAAGCCUUUUAGCACCUAAUCUCCUAUUUCUUGUAUAGUCAUUUGAAAAAAUAUUGGCAGCACCGGUACCCUCGUGGGACUUUUCUCCUUAAGGAUUUUGAUUCUUUAGCAGCUUUUCAAUUUCCUUACCUGAACAUGUUUAAUUAACUAAAACAGGGCUUAUUGGCAGGUUUAUAGAACAGGGCACCAAUUCUUCUAGCAAUUGCCCUAUUAAAUAUUUCUUGGGCAUAUGUUUCUCAUUCCCAGAGAUGGCAAGCUGGCAGUCACUCACAUAUUACUAUGCUAAGAAUAGUUCCCUUUUGUAAUAAAUUGAUCCAGUGAGUCCAUGGUGUACUGAUAAGAGAACAAAUCAAAUGGCACAUUCAUCAACUAGAAAGCACUGCCUGAUGAUUUACAAGCGAUCACAGUUUAUGGCCUCCACUUGUCACCACGUUGCCCAGAAACCGUUGUGUUGGUCCAUAUGGACUGACUCGUGUAGAAGUAAUAGCUGCAGCGGAUUCAAGUGUGGCUCCCACCUCCACCCAGAAUACAGUGUUACACGUGAAUCAGUCCUUGUGUCCAGUGUUUACGUGCUUCUCACCAGGCAACAACCCUGUGCUGGUUACAAAACAUAAGCUACUUUGCUCACUGGGUUGUCUUCAAAAUACCUAGAAGCAUUAAUGCUGCUUGUAGACUUCCGCUGCAUGUAGGCUAGAUUCCUCCAAUCUGCCAUUAUGCUCUACAAUAGCAGUGAUAGUUUAUUGGUCUGACACUAUUCUGCUCUGGGUUUUCCAUUGUAGACAAAAGCAGUGCUUUGUGAAAUACUGCUGUGUCCUCUCUUCAUUCUGCUGGUGAUUAGAAGAUCCGUGCCCUUAUUUGCUGCUUGCUGGUGUAAGCAAUAAGUCCCCCCCUCCAACUACUAAUAGCUAACAUUUCCGUCUCUUGUCAAUUAUUAUGGUAUUACUUGGUGAUUACGUAAAAACAGAAGUACAAGACCAUUAUUAAUAAUCUAUAUAACAUAGUAUUUAUUAACUGUUAAUGCUGAGGGUGGAACUCUUAGCUUCUAUGUCCUGUAAUUUUAGUGUUCCUAGUAGUGAUGGUAAUGUGCAAACAAAUGGAAAAAAAUCAUAAAAAAAAAAAAUAUAUAUAUAUAUUUACGCCUCAGAUUCAGAACUGGAGUAUCCCUUUUGCCGUUAGAAAACCCUUCUCAUCUGGUAGAAAUUAAAGCGUACAUUUUAUUGUUUUGGUUUUGAGAGAAACUUUUUGAAGCCAUCAACCUAGCACUGUUCAAAACUUGCUUGUAAGCUGCUCACUGUGAGUUUGAAAUGGACCAAUGCGGUAUUGGUCGGCUUGUACGCACUUACGUUUUGGUUUUUUUAAAGGGAAUAAGCUUCCCCUCUCACACAGCUGUGAUCCCCACCUGGGUUUUUAAACUCAAAGGUGGUGGGGAAACAUUAUACAUAUGUAAAUAUUUGGUUGUGUGCCUAGAAGUGCCAUCCGUUGUCCUUGCAAAUAAACCAUCAGACCAUUGUUAAGGUUAAAAACGCAUUAAGAAAUCAUGAUCUUGGUUCUUUUUAACUUGUUUCUGGCUAAUACUGUUUUUUUUCUUCUGCAGUUUUCCAAGGGCGACAACAGAUUAACUUGUAGGUUUGGUUCAUCUAACGGUGCAUUUAUUGGGGCUUUAGAAUCUGGGCAGUCUGUGUGUUAUAGGGUGGGACUACUAGUAAUUAGAAAUAGUCACUCACUUUUUAAUAGACUCGUACAAAAGGCAUUCUGGGAAACUGCCGUGAAGCGCCUCAUUCCCAGGCAGCAGUAUUGGGAACUGAAUUUCUGUCACUGGAAUUUCAGAAAAUAGUAUAAAAUGCCAAUAAAAAACAUUUUGAUUUUUUUAUAUCAGGUGUGAGAGAAAAUCUACAGUAAAUAUUAAGUAUUUUUUUUUUAACAAGUACCAAAAACAAUAACAGUUCUGUUGGAUGGUUUCCUAUUGCACUUUCCAUAAUGCUUGUGUGCCGUACAUUUUUUUCUUGCAAAAUUUUCAUUUAUUUCCUCUGUAAGGUGUUCAUAUACAGAGCUGUAUUCAUACUAUAGUAUAAGCAUUUCAGUAUCCACUGACAUAACUUUAAUCUCAACCCAAUUAUUUGUUUAUAGUGUGCCUAUGGCGCUAGCUUGCCCUGGAUUGUUUUACCUUGAAAGGAUUCCAAGCAGUCUUGCCAGGAGGGCGUCUAUAAACAAUACUAUGCACUUGGUGUCAAAUUGGGGAGUUGACUCUUGUAACAAACAAAGGAGGUUCCUCUGAAUUUCAUUUCAAGAUGUUCUGUCAGAUAAAAAUGUUGUUGGGAUUUAACCAGUAUAGUAAUAAAAACAAUACAAACUGCA